AUGACAACGAAUUGCACGUUAAACUUCGAGUGCGGGUCUCCUUUACUGAGGACAUAUUCAGGAACAGUCGACAUCUACAGCGUUGAUCACCAUGGAUACAAAACGUGCGACGCAACCCAGGGAAAAAUCCUCGCCUCUUUAAAAUGUGGGGAACACCAUGCAAACAAGGCUAUCAGAGGUCUGGAUUUUAUUAGAAAGGAUGUAGAAACUUAUCACUUCAUUGGUAAGUUUGAAUUCAGGACAAUUACUCUGACGCAAAACAGAAAAGCCUGGACUGGAAAAUCUCAAAUAUUUUAUAUACUUGAGUAAGCGCUUCCCUCGAAUAAAGAGUGCACACUUUCGUUUUUCUCAUGUAGGCCAUCGAGCGGCAUAAGAACUGCAUGUAAAAUUGAUAUUUCAGACGAAACGCAUACAUUAUUAGUUUUCCUUUUUGUGUUUAUUAACUGAAAGCAAUCCUCGGAAACCCAUGGGCAGUCAGUCGGGUGAGAAAGGUCACGACAAAAGUUUUCAAGACCAGGUGAAAGAGCCCCCGUGUACCGACUCUCACCGGACCAUUUCCAAAUGGUAAAGAAAAUGUUGGCUUAUAAUUGGGCACAAAAAAUCCUUUGUAUUAUUGUUCGUUCACCAAGGUUGUGCGUGCAAGGGAAACUUUCAUUUUCUACUUCCCUAACAAGAAACGAAGGAACUACCGAUGACUCAGGAACACGUUUCGGAUGAUAUCAGCAGGACCACUCCAAUUUGCACCGAGAAAGUUCUGUUUCUGACCGAAGGUGUGAUCGAUGCAAGCUAGUUGUAAGCUCAAGUUUAUAUUUUUGGAAAAGCGUCUUUAAAAUACCGUUACAUACGUUUCCAUGUUUUAGUUUUCGGCUAGACAGUAUUUUGAAAUGGACGGUGUCUUUAUCAAACUGAAAGUUUCCUGACUGCGUGCAUUUCUUUGCAAGUAUGGCGAAAAAAUAGCCUUCGUGUACGAACACACGAAAAUAACUCGGGGGAUACUGUUGGCCGAUUGGGAGCAAUAAUACCGGCAAAGGAUUUUUUUGUGCCCAGUCAGGAGCCAGCAUUUGCUUGACCGUUUGGAAAUGGUCUGGUGACCGAGUCGGUACCCAGGGCCUGCCUCUUCGGCCGGUGCUUGAAAACUUUUGUCGCGCCUUUUCUCCCGCACCUGGGUCUCAGAGGAUGAGUAUGACUGAAAGUGCGUCGCCUUAAAUGACGGUGUACCCAGAAAGAAUAUUAAGCGGUCAGACAUUUUUGGGCCUAACAGGGUUCAAGUAUAAGACGGUAUAACUGACAGACCAACAACAUCGCGAAUAAAUUGACCAAUAAUUAAUACCAUCAACUGACGUGAUAAAACUCACUUUGACUCUGAAGAUGACCACCGCCAGGUUACUGAAACGCCAGUCAUUGUCAACAACAACAGUCCUUUUCAGGACAACGUUCACCCGGACGAUCAUACUCAACCUACUUAUAGUGUUUAUAUGUGUCAAUUGGAAGGCAGCAUUUGAAAACGAGAUAAAAUUUAGCUUAGCAUGGUUUUUAUUUUUCUUUUAGGUUUUGCUCGAAUGAACACUAAACCAGAGAAACCAGUUCUAGUAGGAGGAACAUGCAAGUCACAUAAAUCCAAGUUGAAGAUUCACAUUUGCGCUCUUGUUCGAAAAUCACAUGGAAAAGUCUGCACAAUGAAAUGUACGAUUUAAAAAGAGGUGUAGGCCCGGGAGGGUGACUAUGAAAGUCAGUCUAUGAAUGUAAUUUACCCCCUAAAUGAGGCCAAACUGAUUGUGGAUCAGGCUAUUAUCUAAUGCAUACAGUACAGUACGAUACGCCUUUGUUGCAAAACUAUUUUUCCAAAAAAAUAUUGAAAUACGCAAUUAGUGUUGUGAAAUGGCUUUCUUUAUAAAAUUCAAGAGAGUAUUAAGUCUGCAGCUGGCUUCUUCUUGUCCCCACUGCUUCCGUUUCUGACUCCGCGAUCAUGCGCAGAAGAGAUCUGGGUCUAGCCUCCCACGCAGACGUCCUUAGGGGUUCGUCACUCGUUCCUGCACCAUGUUCGUGGGGCAGGAACGAGUGACGAGCCCCUAAAAACGUCUGUGUGGGAGACUAAUCUGGGUCGAGAUUGGUCCCGACAGACAGUAGCUUCAUAAUAUCAAGACAGAGACAACUUUCGCUCCGUUCAAUGGUAACUUUUUUGUUUUCUUUCUGCCUUAAGUACUUCCUAAAGUCCUCGCCAGCAAGCAAACAAAACAGAAAGACAAAGAAGAGAAGCCCAAAGGUUCCUUGAAGACUUUUUACAUCUCCAUGAUUAUCGUCGGCAUUCUUGGUGUGCUCAUUGCUUUGGCAAUGUGCAUUUUCCAGCCGCUUAAGAGGUAAUCCGAGAGGGGUUACAUGCACACACGUUUGGGUAUGAGAUUGUCAUUAAGGGUUCGAAAUCCUGAAAACUCCGCAAGUGUGGCUCUGUAUGGCAGCCGGUACCUUGCCCACGCGCGAAGUUUUAUCAUCGUGACCUUGGCAGACAAGGACGUAAACAAACUGUAAUAAAACAAAACUCAAUGCAGGGCAGGCACUACGGCAAAGGGCUGAUUUAUUAUAGGGCAAUAUUUCGGCUAUCAAAAUUGACCUUCUCAGGGCCAGAACUAUACCGAGAGAAAAUAUAACUACUGACUUGGAAACCGACAACGAAAGUCACUAUUAAUAUAUGUUCAUGUAAAGGACUUUUGUAUAGGUAAUAGCAUGAUUUGUAGUGAUAUUUGGCAUAAAUACCACGAGUGAUAUUUCAAAAUUGUUUUACGUAAUUUCACGAGCCGUUAGGCGAGUGAAAUUUGGACAAUUUUGAAAUAUCACGAGUGGUAUUUAUGCCAAAUAUCACUAAAAAUCAUGCUAUUAUUUGUUUAUACUACUACCCACAAAAGGUUUGUAAUUUUCACAUGUAGGUAUUUCAAAUUAAGCUGAAUUACCACUGCUCUAAACCAAUCAAAUUGCAGAAAUUUCUCAUGUGGUAGUAUAAUAAUCCUAAUACAUAUCCCUACUCAACAAUGCAACCAACAAUGCAACCAACAGGCACGCAUCCAGUUUCAAAGUAUAAUUCCACUACUCCUCUAAAGUCUAAUUCACACAUCCCCAGGUCAAAUAUUUUCUGUAAGUAAACUUUAUUUCUUUAUUUAGCCAACAGGUCAGUGGUCGAAGAAACGUGUCAAACCGAAAAUCAAACAAGGACACAGCUUUCCAGCGUCUUCAUGACAAGUACCGUGUUGAAGACAUGGAGGAGGGAAACAAAUAA